GCGACCGGCGGCUCUUUGGCGCGGAUUAGGGGGUCUCGGCGAGGGAGUCAUCAAGCUUUGGUGUAUGUGUUGGCCGGUUCUGAAGUCUUGAAGAAGCUCUGCUGAGGAAGACCAAAGCAGCACUCGUUGCCAAUUAGGGAAUGGACCGUUUGGGUUCCUUUAGCAAUGAUCCCUCUGAUAAGCCACCUUGCCGAGGCUGCUCCUCCUACCUCAUGGAGCCUUAUAUCAAGUGUGCUGAAUGUGGGCCACCUCCUUUUUUCCUCUGCUUGCAGUGUUUCACUCGAGGCUUUGAGUACAAGAAACAUCAAAGCGAUCAUACUUAUGAAAUAAUGACUUCAGAUUUUCCUGUCCUUGAUCCCAGCUGGACUGCUCAAGAAGAAAUGGCCCUUUUAGAAGCUGUGAUGGACUGUGGCUUUGGAAAUUGGUAAGAGCUUGGUGUUAAGAGUUGUCCUGCCCUAGUGGACUCAGAGAAGAAGCUGUUGUUGAAGAGUAAAGGAAGGAACCUCAGGAAGAGAAAGUAUGUGUUGCUUUCCUAUCAACCCAUGAUUUAGAGGCAAGUUAGUCCCCUCUGUACAUUAUUUUUCCAGUGUCAAAAUGUGUCACAAGGAUAUGGGAUGUUUAGCAGUCCAUGACUGAGCAGCUUUAAAAGGCCACUUUGGAUGUAUCAACAGUGGGAAGAUUGAUUAUUAUUCCUUUCUGAAUAGUAGGGAAGUUUAGUUUCGUUAGUUAUUACUCCCUUCUGAUUUUAUGAAUUUUUGUUAGUUGUAGAUGCCCUAGUCAUUUAAGUGAAUCAGACUUUAGCUAGAUGGUCAUGCGUAAGAUUCAAGUUUCACAGACUUCCUGAUAGCAUUCUCUGUUUUUAGCUUUCAAACACCUACCUGCCUUAGUCCAAAACCGGCGGAAUUGAAUAGCACUUAUUGCUGUUGACCUAGGGGGCAGCACCACUUAAUACUACCACUUUCGUUUUUAUCUUUUGGGAACACUUUCAUAUGGAUGCUUUUAUUUUAUGAACUAGAUAGCAGAGGCAUUAUUGAAUAUAUUUUGUUCACAAAUUAUCUGAAGCCUAGGGGGUUGAAAUGAUUUCUUGUGAUUACAUAGCUUAUUACUGAAGGACUCUUAAUUAGGUCCUCCCUGUCCUGACUUACUAGUGUAUAUAACCUUUCUUGGUGUUCAUCAGAAUAAACUCUGCUGCCUCCCUUAUGUCCAGGGACCUGAAGAAGGAGACCUGAAUUUAGUUCACAUUUUGCUUGUAUUCAUUCAUUCAGUAUUUAUUAAGCAUCAUAAAAUACUGUGUACAAUGAGAAAUACCAAAGGAGGUAGAAAAGUAAUCACUUGUGAGGAGUUUGCUAGAGAUCUUUGGCCUAGUUUUUCAUUUUUUGCUUACCAUUCUCUCUAAAAUAGUCUAAACCUCUCUGUCCUCCUUCCCUCUUAACCAAGAACAUAAAAAAGACAUAGCUUCUCUAUCCGCUGUGGGUAAGGCACUAAGUUUGGCAGUGAGUGGGCUAGAGCUAAGAAUUAUGAGAUGCAUCCUGUCUUCAGAAAGCUUAUAGUUUAGCAGGGGACUUAAAAUAUCUAUACAAGUGAUUGAAGUACACAAAACAGCACAGUGAUGCCUUAGGGGAGGUCAAGUGAAAUGCUGUGAAAAAGAGACCUUGAGGAAAGGACUUCCACCUCUACCUCUCCAUUACCUUGGCUCAAGUCAGGGAUUUUUUUUUAUUGAGACAGUCUCACUUUAUCACCCAAGCUGAAAUGCAGUGGUGUGAUCACAGUCACUAUAACCCCGAACUCCUGGGCUCAAGGGAUCUUCCCUCCUCAGACUCCCAAGUAGUUGGAACAACAGGUGUGUGCCACCAUACUCAGCUAAUUUUUAAAUUUUAUUAUUAUUAUUAUUAUUUGGAAACAGGAUCUUGCUCUGUCGCCCAGGGUGGAGUACAGGGGCAUGAGCUCGACUCAUUUCAGCUUCAACCUUCCAGGCUCAAGUGAUCCUCCCAGCUCAGGCUCCCGAGUAGCUGGGACUACCGGCGUGUGCAACCACCCCUGGCUAAUCUUUGUAUUUUUUGUUGAGAUAGGAUUUUACUGUGUUGCCCAGGCUGGUCUCAAACUCCUGAGUUCAAGCCAUCCUCCCACCUUGGCCUCCCAAAGUGCUGGAAUAACAGAUGUGCGCCACCAUGCCUGGCCAGAUUCUUAAGCAAGAUGUAGCCAAUCAAAUGUGCACCAAGACCAAGGAGGAGUGUGAGAAGCACUAUAUGAAGCAUUUCAUCAAUAACCCUCUGUUUGCAUCUACCCUGCUGAACCUGAAACAAGCAGAGGAAGCAAAAACUGCUGACACAGCCAUUCCAUUUCACUCUACAGAUGACCCUCCCCGACCUACCUUUGACUCCUUGCUUUCUCGGGACAUGGCCGGGUACAUGCCAGCUCGAGCAGAUUUCAUUGAGGAAUUUGACAAUUAUGCAGAAUGGGACUUGAGAGACAUUGAUUUUGUUGAAGAUGACUCGGACAUUUUACAUGCUCUGAAGAUGGCUGUGGUAGAUAUCUAUCAUUCCAGGUUAAAGGAGAGACAAAGACGAAAAAAAAUUAUAAGAGACCAUGGAUUAAUCAACCUUAGAAAGUUUCAAUUAAUGGAACGGCGGUAUCCCAAGGAGGUCCAGGACCUGUAUGAAACAAUGAGGCGAUUUGCAAGAAUUGUGGGGCCAGUGGAACAUGACAAAUUCAUUGAAAGCCAUGCCUUGGAAUUUGAACUCCGAAGGGAAAUCAAGAGGCUCCAAGAAUACAGGACAGCAGGCAUUACCAAUUUUUGUAGUGCCAGAACCUACGAUCACCUCAAGAAGACACGGGAGGAAGAGCGCCUUAAACGCACUAUGCUCUCAGAAGUUCUCCAGUAUAUCCAGGACAGUAGUGCUUGCCAGCAGUGGCUCCGCCGGCAAGCUGACAUUGAUUCCGGCCUGAGUCCUUCCAUUCCAAUGGCUUCGAAUUCAGGUAGACGGAGUGCACCACCCUUGAACCUCACUGGCCUCCCUGGCACAGAGAAGCUGAAUGAAAAAGAAAAGGAGCUCUGUCAGAUGGUGAGGUUGGUCCCUGGAGCCUAUUUAGAAUACAAAUCUGCUCUAUUGAACGAAUGUAACAAGCAAGGAGGCUUAAGACUGGCGCAGGCAAGAGCACUCAUCAAGAUAGAUGUGAACAAAACCCGGAAAAUCUAUGAUUUCCUCAUCAGAGAAGGAUACAUCACUAAAGGCUAAGGCUCCAAGGGCUUGGGAUCAGAAGUCAGAAGUUUGGAAUGUGGUGGGUCAAAGGACAGUGUGGGUGGGCAUUCUGGAGAGUUGUUUUUCAGCUGAAUUCUCAUGGUGAAAACAGGGGAAAGGACAAAGGAAACCUUAAGUUGUAUUAAGUCUACUUUCUUCUCCAUCCUGCUUUAAAACACUCCUGUUGUUGGUAUUAUGCUGCAGAGUUGUGUGCUACAUAAGCUAUUAUUAAAUGUGAGUGGGCAUUCAUUCCUAACACCUCUUGUAACUAAAAGAACCAUAGUACCUCACAUCACAGUGCUGGUAGAAAUAGAACUAAACCACGGUCUGUAAUCCCAGGAGUCCAGCUCAGAUCCUUAUAUUGCGAGGUAAGUUUGCUGAUUAUCUGUCUUGCCUUCAAACACUGCAGACAGAUUUAAAAUAAAGAGAAAGGUUUUAGAGCAUAAGAAAGCUCUCGUUGAAGGAUUUUUUAAGCUGACAACUUUUUUUUUUUUUUUUUUUUUGAGACAGAGUUUGCUCUUGUCCUCCAGGCUGGAGUGUGAUGGCAAGAUCUCAGCUCACUACAACCUCUGCCUCCCAGGUUCAAGUGAUUCUCCUGCCUCAGCCUCCCGAAUAGCUGGGACUACAGGUGUCCACCACCACGCCUGGCUAAUUUUGUAUUUUUAGUAGAGACAGGGUUUUGUCAUGUUGGCCAGGCUGGUCGCAAACUCCUGACCUCAGGUGAUCUGCCCGCCUCAGCCUCCCAAAGUACUAGGAUUACAGGCGUGAGCCAUCGCGCCCGGCCUAAGCUGACAACUUUUAUGAGUAAAGGGGAAGAAAAUAUCCUUAUGAUGGUCUUAUCCCAAACUGUAUCGUUAACUUCGGCCGGGCAAGGUGGCUCACCUGCAAUCCCAGCACUUUGGGAGGCUAAGGUGGGCGGAUCACGAAGUCAGGAGUCCAAGACCAGCCUGACCAACAUGGUGAAACAGUCUCUACUAAAAAUACAAAAAUUAGCUGAGUGUGGUGGCACACGCCUGUAAUCCCAGCUACUCAGGAGGCUGAGGCAGGAGAAUUGCUUGAACACAGGAGGCAGAGGUUGCAGCGAGCUGAGAUCGCGCCACUGUGCUCCAGCCUGGGCAACAAAGUGAGACUCUGUCUCAAAAAAAAAAAAAAAAAAAAAAAAAAAAAAACCCUUAAUGUCUGGCUUUGUACUUUGCAGUCUGCCUGUCUAAUCUGCAGUAGUCUUUUGAGGAGGUGGCACCGGAUAUAACAUGUCUCUGUUAUUUUUAGAACUAAUUAAAAUGUUUUGCUAUUUAA